CCUCAGAACAUUUCCCCCUCCCCUCUGGUUCCCUCUAGUCUCAGAUCUGUAUCAUUCCUGCCCAGUGUGAACAGACUGACUACAGCCAUCAAAGCAGCGAGCAUCAUUACUGCACAGCCUCCAAACAUGUGCCUGGUGCCGCUGCCACCCUCCCCUCCACCUGUUCCUGAAACCUCCCCAUGUAGUGCAAGCAGCCCAAGGCAGGCCAGCAGGUGCAGGGGCAGCCGGAACCAGGCCAGCACACUGGCUCGCUUCUCCUCUGGGAUCACCCGGCCCUGGAGAAAGCUGACAGCAGGAAAGUAGAGGCCGCUGGCCAGCUCCAGCAGCAGGAAGGCCAGAAAGGAUUCAUGAGGUCUUGGCUGACCUGGGGCAGUGGAGAAGGUCAGCAUGAAGAAGGAGAAGAAGGCCAUCAAAACAGCCAGGCAGAGAACAUGGCCAGGCUGUAGACGGUAGCGGGUGGAGGUGGCUAGGCGGUACAGCAGGGACCCGACCAUGCUGGCAGCCAUUAGGCAUGAGAACACUAUUCCCAAAGGAGGUCCAUGAGGGUCUAGUACUGGGGUCCAAAGAAAAACAAAUAUAUACAGGACACUUUCAAACAAAGCCUGCACUCCACCCAAAAGCAUGACCCUCUUGUCAGACAGCAGGCAGCGCAGUCCGUCCUGGCAGCUGCGAGAGAAGCGGGCCCUCGCAGACAAACGGGUCGCACCUCCACUCGCAGUGCCAAAGAGCAAGGUUUGUUUGUCACCUUCAGGACUUGCUUCUGCUUCUUCCUUGCCCCAAUCUGUUAACACCACCCAGCCACAACACACCAGGCAGGGAACAGCCAGGAGAAAGGGAGCCACAGGCCCCAGGUGUAGCCACUCGGCCAGCAUGUUAGCCACCAGCCCUGCUCCCACAGCAAGCCCAUGGUUCCAGGUAGCAGCUUUGUUGAAAGUGCUGGGGAUCCACUCCUUGGGGAAAUCAUGGACGUCUACAUGCCGAUGCACAUACCAGGCUUCAAAUGUUGUGGCAAGCAAGGAUGUUGACAGACCCCCUAGGAUCCGGCCCACAAUUAAAACAAAGUAGUCUCUGGACAGCUUGGUGAGAGAACAAGCGGAGUAGGACAGGCAGAAUAGGAGGCAUGCACGUCUACGGCCCAAAGCUUGAGGGAGCCAGCCUGAAAAAGGAGCAAACAGAACACAGGAGGCCAGUCCACAGACAUAUAAGAUGGCUAUUUGGGAUUCCAGGAAGCUGUAGUGGCGGUAGAGUUUGUAGAGGUAAGGACCCUGGAGCCAGUCCGACCAUAGAGCCAACAGGUAUGCUCGGAGGAAUAUACUCUGGAAGCGACGGAAAGCUGGGUUUGCUACAGCAGUUGGGGUCGACUGAGGUGGCGUGAGUCGGCGUGCUGUGAGCUCGAGGCCAACACACAGGACAAUCAGGAAAACGAUGGCAAAAUACGCUGUCACCAACAUGGUGUCAUAAAGUGCUGUACCACCUGGAGGUCAAACCUGAGAGCACGCAAGCCGCCCUCUCAAGGGUCGAUGCGAAAGGCCAACAGUUUGUCAGAGUGCAGAUUGUUGAGGGUGCGCAGGUCUGGCAGGCGCAGAAGGAGUUUGGGAAAGAGGGUGCUGUCAUCAGGGCGACGUCGGGUGAUCAGUGACCGCAGGGCUUGGAUCAGACCCUCCUGAAGCUGUUCCACUGCACGCAUGUCUGAGAUACCAGAGCGGUCUGAACAGGAUAGAGGAAGCCAAUAAACCAGCACCACUGCCAUAAAGAGAGCCAUCUCAUCAGGUUCCAGCCCCAGGGAGCUCAGCUUUUCACUGAACUCAAACAUUGCAUCCAGCAGGGAGCCCAUGCCCAAGGCACGCAGUGUGGUGAGGGGGUGGAGUCAGAGGGUCACAGGUCUGAAACUCCCAUCAACGCCCUGAGCUGCCGGCGGGACUCAGAGACGGAAUGGCAACAAACGAAGAGAACUUCGUCGUGAGCGCGCCUGACAUCCACUAUUUACGCAUCAAACUUCGGUGGGAACGUGCUCGCUGUUGAAACCCACGGAAUGGAUACACGACUCCUCUAGACGAAGAAGAAGCUCCGCUCAUCAGACGGCUUCGUCAGGAUCUUCACUCGUCCGUCUGCUUGAUCGACACCACAGCAGAAAAUUGGACUGGAUGACUCCUCUUAAGUGGAAUUGGACAUUUUCUCUGUGAACCAGAGGCCACAUCAUCACUCAUCAAUUCCCCACAUCCCCAGAGUUGUGUAAAGGACACGGAUUUCAUCUGUAGUGGGGAUUUCCAGGUGCUGCGUGAGCCGUUACUCUCACCCAGCGGCCGGCUGUGGACCCCUGGGUGUGCUCCCCUACCAUGGCUACCAACAGGGAACAGCAGGUGGGUCACAUGACCGGCUUCCCACCUGCUGUGUACCCCUUCGCCUUCAACUCCAUGAGAAGCCACUCCCCGUUCGACCUGCUGGCCAACAGCAGCCUGUUUGGGAGAUUUGGUGCUGACCUGCCCAAAGAAAUGGCCGCUCUCUCGGUGGAGACCCAGAGCACCAGCUCAGAGGAGAUGGUACCCAGUUCUCCGUCUCCACCUCCUCCACCUCGCAUCUACAAGCCCUGCUUUGUGUGCCAGGACAAGUCCUCGGGGUACCACUACGGGGUCAGCUCCUGUGAGGGCUGCAAGGGUUUUUUCCGUCGCAGUAUCCAGAAGAACAUGGUGUACACCUGCCACCGAGACAAGAACUGUCAGAUUAACAAGGUCACACGCAACCGCUGCCAGUACUGGCUGCAGAAGUGCUUCGAGGUCGGCAUGUCAAGGAAGGUGACGGUGCGCAACGACAGAAACAAAAGAAAGGAUGUGAAGGAGGAGGUGGUACUUCCGGAGAGCUAUGAACUGAGUGGAGAGCUAGAAGAGUUGGUCAUAAAGUCAGCAAAGCUCACCAAGAAAACCUUCCCAUCACUGUGCCAAUUGGGCAAAUACACCACAAACUCCAGCUCAGACCACCGUUGUCCAGCUGGAUCUGGGUUUAUGGGACAAGUCAGUGAGCUCUCAACCAAAUGCAUUAUCAAGAUUGUGGAAUUUGCGAAGCGACUGCCGGGUUUCACCACCCUCACCAUCGCUGACCAGAUCACUCUGCUGAAGGCGGCCUGCCUGGACAUACUGAUGUUGAGGAUCUGCACACGCUACACUCCAGAACAGGACACUAUGACCUUCUCAGACGGCCUGACUCUGAACCGGACUCAGAUGCACAAUGCCGGCUUCGGACCACUCACAGACCUGGUGUUUGCCUUCGCUGGCCAGCUUCUACCCCUGGAGAUGGACGACACAGAAACCGGACUCCUCAGCGCCAUCUGCCUCAUAUGUGGAGACCGCAUGGAUUUAGAGGAGCCCCAGAAAGUCGAUAAGCUGCAAGAACCUCUACUCGAGGCUCUGAAGAUCUACGCCCGCCGCCGUCGCCCCAACAAACCUCAUAUGUUCCCUCGCAUGCUGAUGAAGAUCACAGACCUCAGGGGAAUCAGCACUAAGGGUGCAGAGAGAGCCAUCACUCUGAAGAUGGAAAUCCCAGGCCCAAUGCCUCCUUUAAUCAGGGAGAUGCUUGAAAACCCAGAGGCAUUUGAGGACCAAACAGAGAGCAACGAUAGCCCGCCUCCUCCGCCACCGCCACCACCUCCUCCACCAACAACCCGUAAACAGGAAGCCGAGGAUGAGGAGGACAGCUGGGCCACAGAGAACGGUAGUGAACCGUCGCCAGAAGAGGAGGACGAAGACGACGACGAUGACGUUGGGGACAGAGAGCGGGACAGGGGAUCGGACAGUGACGGGGAGCCCUGGGGGGUUCUGGAUGCUAUAGAUGGGUCGAGGAAAGGCCUUGUUGGAGGGCGCAGUGAACAUAUCAUUUCAUGCACACACAGAUUCAAAACACACAUACACACACACAAACACAAACACACAUAUACACUCACAGAACAAAGAAACAUGCAACAACCUCACGCAAUCUCCCACCUCAAAAUGCUGGCCUCUUCUCCCUCUCUCUCCUUACUGCACAUCAUUGUGUCCUCCGCACCGGAGCACAGCAGAGCCUUACGUGUACAGACACUUUUUAACUCAGGCCACAUGGUCUAUGACAAGUGAACUACAGACAAAUAAAGAACAGGAGAGAUGGCAGGAAAACCUUUGAACUCGUGGCGUAGCAAGAGGGCAGUAAACGUGACAAAAGAACAUAAACCUCUUUGAGAAAGCUAAAUGUCUCUCUUCUUUUAUUUUUUUCCACAAUUGUUGAAAUAUCUAAAUAGGGGAGCGGCCAAACCAGACACCAGAACUGAGCAGUUCUUUUUGUGAUGGAUUUUUACAACAAGCACAUUUCUCAAAAGAAAACAAGAGUACAGGGCAAAACCAAAUCGAGUAUGCUUAUCUUUUGCCUUUGUGGUUAUUGCUUUUGAAUUUGUAGUUUUUACUUUUUUUUUCAAUUUAUGUAUAAGUCCAUACAUAUCUGUAUACCAUUAUAUUUUUGUCUUUAAUUGUUAUUCUUGUUUUAUAUAUGAAUCCUCUAGAAUGUUUUUUUCUUUGAAGAGCUUUCCUGAGAAGAUAUUCAGAGGAAAGAAGACUAAUAAUCAGAACUGGCUGGGUCUUCCUUAGCAGCUACAUAUGCUUAGCUGGGGGCUUUUUCUGUAUUUUGGGCACUUUGGCUCAUUGUGGAUGUCAAUGAUAAUCAACCCAGAGGAUUAGUGUUCCGUUGCAGCGACUUAAUCAGUUUGUGUUAUCAGGGAAUAGGCAUCAUUCUAGUUUGAAGCCAGUUAAAGCUGUCUAUGCGAAUAGUUACGUAUCUUUGUGCCAAAGUUAGAAGAACUCGUUGUUUUGAGUUUGGACUACUGGCAGGGACUCCAGCCACAAUCCAGCAAUCAUCAAACACACACACACACACACACACACACACACACACACACACACACACACGCACACUUGCAUUUACUCACACUUGAUCUUAUCCUUUUUUCUCAGUUGUAACAGAGGUGCCAACCUGGAGCUAGUGCUUGAACAGAGAUUUACAAUUUACACCGUAUAUGUAGCACUUUUGUGAUCCUCUGUUCCGUUAAAUCUCUGUUGUUAUAUCCAAAACCGACGGAGAAAUGGUUACACAGAAAACAAUCAAUCCUCAAGCACUCCCUGAUGAUGUCAGUAGGCAAACACACACACGCACAGAUUCAGCACAGACACAAACAUCCACACAAAGUAGCAAACAUUAUGCAGCAACACAACGAUUGAAGACAUAUGCAAAUCAAGGCAGGAACCCUUAUGGAAGACAUUUUUGGAAUCAGACUCAGGGCUUUUCAGUGAGGACCAAACCCUAACGCUGCUCUCAGGCGCGCUAGGAACAGGCAAUAUUUAUGUGUAUUUUUUAACUCCAUUUUUGAUUAGCUCACCCCUCUCCCUCUGCAUGUACAUAGAAGGAAACAAGUCUGAAAAAACAAGCAUGGAUACCAGUUUGACUCUCCCAAGGAGAGGUGAAAAACAAUCAUCUUCAUCAUCAUCAUCAUCAUCAUCAUCACCAUCACUGCCCUGCCUGUUCUGGCGCUGGCAUCCAUGCAGCAAACUGCCUUCUCAUCCCAAAAAGCCAUUAUAUCAUCCUGUCUUCUUGUGUACAUCCCCCCACCUCUCUCUGUAAAGGAGCUGUGGAGGAUUUUGUUCUCAUGUAUCAUUUCUUUAUUGCCAAAAUGUCUCUGUAGGCGAUCAGUGGGGGAGAGCACAGCUGAUAUACAGCACAGAGGGGUUUCUUUCUGUCUCUCUUUGAAGCAAUAUGAACAUUCUCUCUGUAGCAGCGAGAGCUCCUGUCUUCUGGAUAAGGGCAGCUCUCCUCAUUUUGAAUCAUGUGAGUGUGUGCGUGCAGGCUCGUAUGUGUGUGAGUGUGUGAGUGUGUGUGUGUGUGUGUGUGUGUGUGUGUGUGUGUGUGUGCGCGAAUGCUUUAACCUGUUCAGUCAUUGGGUGAAUGUCCUCGGCAUGGUGCUGUCACACACACAAAAAAAAAACUUGUGUGAUGACCUCAUCUUCUUUCUCUCUCUCUGCUGGGCUGUCAUGACGUUAAUGAUGGUAAUGCGGACGGAACAUUGAGAUUAUAUUGUUUUAUGUUUGUGUUUAUUUUCAACAUGGCCAAGGUGUUGUCUACUCUCUGUUUAUGUCAACUCUUGUCAUACAAAGAAAAGCCAUAUAAACAGUAAGAGGCACAAUAAACUACUUUUGUGAGAUUA